GCAGGUGGCCUGGUGCAGGUGAACCCCUCAGUCGCGAGAACUAUGGUCCAGAUGUCACACAUCUUAACCGCUGCUGAGGCCGACCUGGGGAUGGCCCGCCAUGCCCUCGGCAGGCACCAGGUCCUCGAGGAUGCUGACCGGGACAUUCACGUCAGCCUCGAUGACCGCGACCUGUGGACAAAGUUUCAGUGCCUCACUAACGAGAUGAUUGUUACUAAAAACGGGAGGCGCAUGUUUCCUGUAGUCAAAGUGAGCGUAUCUGGUCUGGACGCCACUGCCAUGUACUCAAUUUUGCUCGAAUUCGUGCAAAUCGACUCACACAGGUGGAAGUACGUCAAUGGCGAGUGGGUACCAGGUGGCAAAGCCGAGGUUCCUCCGUCAAACCCAAUUUACAUUCACCCCGAAUCUCCAAACUUUGGCGCACACUGGACGAGGGAGCCUGUCUCUUUUGCCAAAGUGAAACUCACCAAUAAGACAAAUGGCAGUGGACAAAUUAUGCUUAACUCGCUGCACAAGUACGAGCCGCGCGUCCACGUCGUUCGAGUGGGUUCAGAGCAUCGGAGGGUAGUAACCUACCCCUUCCCGGAGACGCAAUUCAUCGCUGUCACUGCGUACCAAAAUGAAGAAGUGACGUCCCUCAAGAUUAAAUACAAUCCGUUUGCAAAGGCAUUCCUGGACGCCAAGGAGCGACCCGAAGGCAGCAGCAAUUCCAAUCCAGCUGCGAUUUUCCACCACCACUCGAGCCAGAGGACCGACCACGUUUCGCCUUAUCAGCCCCAGCCACAGUAUUCCCAAUACGCAAGUGCCUGGCUGCUUCCUCAAAGCUACAUCCACAGCCCUUCUCACCACCCUGGGCUUGUAUCCUCAGGACUCGGCUCACCAGGUCAGGAAAGGUACUCUCCUGGCUCACUGAGAAACCAUCGCCAUAGUCCUUACACCAUGCCUCCCCGUGCUAAUCGGCAGACAUCACCACAUUCUGGUGCUUAUGGCUCUGAAGGCGUGGAAUGCGAGCCGGAGUCGGAGCCACUGCUGAUGUCUGGUCCUACAGCCCACCCAAUUUCCUGGUCCUCUACUGUUUCGCCGUUGCACGCACCCAACCCUCCAGAGGGGCCGAGCAGCGUAGCUGUCAGCUGGUCAAACCUAUCUCCCAUCCCUUGCAACACGUCACCCUCCCUCUACUGCAACGCCAUGUCCCCUUCGGUUGUGUGGACCAGCCCGUCGGUGCCCUCCGAGGCGAGCACCAGCAGGGUCAGCCCCGCAGGACACCACCAGACCCCGUCCUAUCCCCACCAUUUUCCGAUGGUCGAGUUUGGCUCGCACCACCUGCACCACCACCCCGCCGCCAUGAUGGCGCCGCCUCUCAUCUCUGUGGAGUACCCUUCCAAUUCGAGUCCCUCCAACGCCCUACCCGUGGUGCCUUCGAGAACGCAGACCUCGCCCCACUACGAACCGAUGGCCAAGUCAGAGGCCCUCUCAGAGCCGUACAGCGAAGACGAGAACAACUCCAGGAACGACUGGAGCCCCCUCACACCGCCUACAGGGAUCUGACCAAACGUAAUUGAUAGUGUUCGUCCUUCUUGACGCGAGUGCUGUAGAAAUGUGUGCAAUUUGCCCUUCUUCUUGAGAGCAGUAUUUUAUUUUAGAGUGCAAAACGAUUUGAACAAGAGAAAUAUUGUGUAGGAAAUGUUAAAUAAAAACUAAAAUAU